AACGGACACUUAUUCGUUCAUUCCUCCAUUCCUCCCCGUCGAAGGGUUCGGAGCUGUUGCCAGAUGAGCAAAGGACCAUGACGACAAUGCUUCGAACCAGCUUUGAUGUUUCUGACACUGAGGCCGACGCGAAAAGGAUAAGCCCAACGUCAGUGGCGGAUUUUGAAGUGCACCUGUCGUCCGCUUCCACCAAAAAUGGAGGUCGGAGAGAAAGAUCGUUUCUAAGCAGGGGUAGCAAAGGGGAUGCUGCUGCUGCUGCCAACAAUGCUUCCAGCGGCGGCAAUAAUGGUCCAAACGACCAAAUGCUUCUGAUCAAUCAGCUGAAACGACAAGUGACCAGUCUUGAGCAUGACAAAGCUAGUCUCGAACAGGAACUGCUCAACCAAAUUAAUAUGGUUGUUUUUGAUAAGGAGACCAUGGUGACUUGUUUGCAGGAAAAAUUGUUGGAGAGUGAGAAACGCUACAAGGCCGAAAAACAAGCCCAUCUCGACACUCGCACUAGUAUUCGACAGCACCGCCUCUCUUCCACGGGUGAUGCCAAGUUGGAAGUAUUUCGAUUGGAAGAUGAAGUGCUGGAGUUAAGGGACAGCAAGGAAGAGUUGGAAUCAGAGAUCAACAGAAUCAAGGCUGAAAAAGAAAAGGAAGCCAAGGAUUUUUUGACACAAUUCACCACCAUGGAGAAAGAUUUCGAGGCACAGCUCGAAACCGUCAAGGACGAAACGAUUAUGCGUAUUGAAGAGUUGGCACGGUCUCAUGCAGGAGUUUUGGAGGAGAUCGAAAAGGCAGAGGCUGAGCGUAUCGAGGAAAUGAAACAAGCGCAAACAUUGACGCUUGCAGACAUGGAGCGCGAGUUAUUUCAACGGUACCAACGAGACUUGAAAGAAGCCGAGCAGCGGCUGGAAGCACAAGCGGCCAAAACAAAAGCUCUCGAGGAACAGUUGCAAGAAAGCAAGAUGGCACACGAGGAAGAGCUUGCCAGUACUCAGAAUAUGAUUGAUUCACUGGAUGAUACCAACAAUCGACUAUUGUGUCAAGUCACGGAAUUGAGCAGUCAGUUACUCAACGAGCAGACUACGAAUUUGGAUCUCUCAGCAUCAAUGGAGGAAAGCAAGGCUGCACUAGAAGAGGUUUACGACGAAAAGAUCAGGGUACUUCGGGAGGAUGGGGCGACUCUCAAGGACAAACUGUCGACAGCGGAAUCGGAGAGCUCUUCGCUGCGAGUUGACUUGAUAGAUCUAAAGGACAAGCUGUUGACGACAGAAUCCGAAAAUUCUGCGCUUCAAGCUCAAUUGGCAACCGUCAAGGACAAGCUCUCCACAUCUGAAUCUCAACAAGCAAAGAACCUAGAUUUAUUGGAGCUUGAGACAUCCAAAUUUGAGGUAUGCCAGGCACAGAUUACAGAUCUCUCUGAUAAGCUAUCCACAGCUGAAGCUGAGAACACCACACUUCAAGCUCAAUUGGCAACCCUCAAGGACAAGCUGUCCACAUAUGAAUCUCAACGAACAAAGAAUCAAGAUUUCUUGGAGCUUGAGUCAUCCAAGUUUGAGGUAUCCCAGGCACAGAUCACAGAUCUCUCUGAUAACCUAUCCACACUUGAAGCUGAAAACACCACUCUGCAAUCUGAAUUGACAACCCUCAGAGACAAGCUGUCCACAUAUGAAAUGCAACAAACAAAGAAACAGGAACUAUUGGAGCAUGAGACAUCCAAGUUUGAGGUAUGCCAGGCACAGGUUAUGGAUCUCACUGACAAGUUCUCGGCAGCUGAAUCUGAAAUUUCGAAACUGCGAAAGUCUUUGGAACAAAAGAAAACUGAGUUAGGCCUAUGCGAGGCUGAAGUGGCAACUCUCUCCCAUACUCUGUUCACAACUCAAUACGACAAAUCUAAGCUUGAAGACUCAUUGGAAGAGAAAGCAUCUGAGCUAGAGCAAUGCCAGACUGAGGUGAAAGCGCUUUCCGAUAAGCUUUCUGCGGCCGAAUCUGAAAAAUCAAAAGCACGAGAAUCCUUGGAGCAACGGACAUCGGAACUAGAGCUAUGUCAAAAGGAUGUGACAUCUCUUUCGACUAGACUAAUUGAGAAAGAAGCAGAAAACAAAUCCCUGCACUCCAAAAUGGAGGAGCUCCAAACAGCUCUUGAAAACGAGGUCGCAUCGCUGCAAGAGCUGCUAUCCGAUACGGUGAAUGAAAAUGAAAGGCUUCUGGGAUCAUUGGAACAGAAUGAUAGCACCAGCUCAGAGUUGAGAGAGGACAUAGUGGAAAAGGUAAAGAGUCGACACGAGGGCGAUAAGGUCAAAACCCUAGAAGAGGAGCUCCGGCAACGUCGGGAGCAAAUCGACUCCCUUGUGGCUCAGCUAGCAAAAGAGAUGUCCGCCAACACUACGUUGAAGGAACGCGUGGAUUCCGCUUCAACGUGUCAGCCGCAAAGUGAUGAUUUGGAUAAGCAAGUCGAGUCAGAGAGAGCGACGUACGAGUCGCGUAUUGCCGACCUCGAGGCAAACACCGCCGAGCACGUUUUUACCAUAGCAACGCUGGAGACAAAAUGCGCGGAGCUCCAAGAAGAAAUCGACGUGAUCAAUCUACUCCUAGACGAAGAGAAAGACGCCAACGCAUCCUUGCAAAAGUCGGUGGGCGCUUAUUCAGUUGUCGACAAACGGGCCAAUGAAGCUCGCUCAGCCAUGCAAGGUGAAAUUGAUAGGUGUACUUCUGAACUGGAAGUGAUGUCAGCUGAGGUUAGGAAUCUACAAUCUAAGCUUGUAGAAAAAGAGGCAACGUUGGCAGAAGCGAUUUCGCUCAAUGACGACUUGCGAGCAUCUCAGCAGAAGGAUGAAGAAUUGAGUUCAUCAAUGCAACAAGAAUUUGAAAGGGCUCACUCACAAAACGAAGACUUGAGACAGCGCAUGCACACGAUACAAUGUAAAAACAAGGAGCUUAUGCAGAAGCUUGAUGAUGCUAUCUCCUCGGAGUCUUCUCUGAAACAAGCAAAAUCAGAAUUGCAAGCCACUUUGCAAGAGAGAGAAAGUGACAUAGGAGAAUUGGAAAGCCAAGUGCAGGAACUCCUAGAAAACCAAGUUCAGGAACUCCGGGAAGAAGUUGAACGUGAACAAGACGCUCGUGCGAUGCUGACGCAGUCUUUGGAACAGAAAGAGCAGGCCCGGUGUUCAGCGAACCAGAGAGCAUGGGAACUCGAGGGACAACUUCAGAAGUUGCAAAGUUUGCUAGAAGAAAAAGAACGCGACAUUUUGAUUUUGACGGAAGAAACGAAAACCUGUUAUGAAAUCCAUCAUUCACUCGAAAGAAAGUACGCAGAUCUUGAUGCCGCAGUUGAGCCUCUCAGAGCUACUGUCGAGUUGGAAAGGGAGGUUAACGCUGAACUCAGACAUUCGUUGGGAAGUUGCCAGACUUUGCAAAAAGAUGCCGAGAAUUCUACCAAAACCUUUGAGCUCGACAGAAUGUCAUUGCUGAAUCGUAUUGGCGGCCUCAAAGAGGAGCUAAAAGAGUCCGAAGCAACUCGUCAAUGUCUUGAAUGUUCCCUCGCGGAGCUUCAGGCAUCGGAAGAGCAGAAAAACGAGAAAGCGGUUGCAGAUGAGAAGGACCUGUGUCUUCUCCGUGAUAGAACUCGUGAACUUCGACUGCAGGCACAAAAACAGUCUCAUCUCGUAAACAUCUUCAAAGCAUCACUCGAAGGUUCACAGAGAGCAAAUUCCGCGCUCGAGCUAGAGCAGCGCCUCCUCACAGAACGCUUUCAUGCACAGUCCAAAGAUCUCGAUACAAUAGUAGUUGCUAAGUCGAAGCUGAAAACUGUAUUGGACGAAACGAGUGCAAAAUUGCUCGAGGCUAAAGAGCAAGCAGAACAACAAACACGUGAGCUCGAGUCAGUACGGAAGUUGGUCGAUGUGCACGAAGAGAGGGCGUCGUCGCUGAGCUCUCGGGUCAAACGUGAACAAAUAGCCAACAUGACGCUUCAAGCAAGGGUAGAGAAACUUCGAAGCGAUAAUUCUGAGCUCCAGAGUAUAGCGGAUAGCUAUAAACUUGCCUUGUCGGCAACCGAAAAGAGGUACGUGAAUGUUGCUACAAACGAGAUUUGUCCAACACCAGAACUUGCCGAGGAGCAGCUGGAAGACACCGCAGCAGUCGAGACCAGCAUUGCUGAGCAAAAAGAAUCAACUAGCCCUGGUCAGAACCCAGAGGCAACCAUGCCAACCCAAGAGCCAGAUACUGAAGCACGAAAUGACCCAGGUCAAGUGUUUCAAGACCCUUCGAACGCAGAGGCACCCAUCGCAACCCAAGAGGAAGAUACUGAAGCACGAAACGACCCAGAUCAAAUAUUCCAAGAUCUUUACUCGAAACUUUUGCUUGCUUCGCUGAAAGAAGAGAACUUGGAGCUCCGCACUGAGUUGGACGAGCUGAAGCAAACUGAAGAAAGGGUUGUCGAAUUAGAAAAUGAGAAACGGGCUCUCCUGAAUGAAAUAAGUGAUCUUCAAAACAACCUGGAUCAAAAGCUGUUACCUGCACCAGAUUCAAAGGCAUCGCUCGAGGAACAACAGAUGGAAUCGAUAGUUCGGGCCACUCUCGACGAACAGACGUCAAAAGACGACGCUAUUGCUGUACUCCACAAAGAACGGGAAGCACUGCAAUCUGAAAUCGAAGCUCUUCGCAAUCAGCUAGAAGAGGCCACAGCUGUAGUAUCUGAUCAGUCCAGCAGCGACGUGCCCUCUCAGAUUGCGCUACAAAAGCUUUUGCUAGUUGACGAAAUAAGCGAGGAAACCGGUAGCAGUGUAUCACUGAGCGAUGUGGUUGUCUGUACGCCAGCCCACGGGGGAUGUCCUUGCGUCUCUGGAAUUGACAUCCUGAAACGAAAUAACAGGCAGCUUCGAGAUCAGCUCAAAGCUCUGCAACAAGGGCAGGUAGGCGGGGACAAACCUCUUAUAGUUGACAACAAUUUACUAUUGCAUGUCAAUGACAUCAGCAUUGGGAGUGAGGAUGAAGGCACUGGCCCCAAUGAUGAGAAGGUUGAAACUGACUUGCAAGAUCCGAUUGAGGAAGCAUCGAAGGUAGAACACAAUGUUGAGGCAUCAACAACGAAUGAACAGGAACAACUUGUUGCAGAAUUUGACGAGAAGAAAGCUCAGCUGCAAGAUCCGCCGGAGGAAUCAACCAGGAAGAAUAUGGAGCAACUUGAAGUGGACCUUGCCGAAGAAAAAGCCCUGAGAGAGACUGCAGAGGCAACAUGUGCUGUUCAGAUGGAAACCAUAGAAACGCUUGAACAAAAGUUAGAGGAAGCCGAGUCCGCCGCUUCUAGUCUUGAAGAGCAAAUCAACAAUCUGCGAGAAAGCUCCGAUGCCAAGGAAAGCGAGGAGGCCGCAAAGUUGGCCGACCUGCAGAAGGAACUAGAUGGUACAAAGGAAUGGCUCGAGAAGGGACUAGAUGAAGUAGAAGAGUUGAGAUCGAAGAUCAAGGAAUCUGCCCAGCUCUUGGAGGACGAGGAGGAGAAGAACCAAAUACUCUGCAAUCAGAUUGAGAGACUGGAGACUGAGUUGUUCGAUACAAAGAAGUCCAUUGCCAUUAACCUGGAGGAGGUAGAAAGACUUCAAGAUUGUCUAGCUGCCGGUGAAGAGGAGACCGAGGAGUCACGAAAGCUGCUUGAAUCGUUCAAAGGGGCCGCUGAGCACUGGCGGAUCGAAGCGGAUCGGUUCAAACAGCGUAUGGAAGAGGCGAUUGCUAAGCAGCUGGAACGUGAGUCGAAGCUAAAGCUCGCUUACAAACGAGAAGUAGGAGAGUACAAACUUCGCGUGGAAGAGUUUGAACAGAGAUUGCUCGAGGAGAAUGAGAAGCUCCGUGCGGAGAUUCGGGCGUCUGGCGUCGGUUCUGUGGACGAGUUUCAACGUCUCUCUUCCGAGCUGGAACUGGCAAAACGAAGGGCAGAGGAAUGCGAGUCGCUGCAAGCAGAGAUAUCAUCACUGAAGCAAGCUUUGGAGGAUGCUGAAGCCAAGGGUCAACAAGCCGCAGAUCUGCAAAAGAUUCAAGGGGAAGAGGGGAAUCUUCGCAAAGAGCUAAGUGAUACCAAAGAACAGCUCAAAGACAUUCAAGUCGACAGAGCAAAGUUGCAAACUUGUCUGGAUGAUAUUGAAUCCGAUCGCAUCGAAAAAAUGAUGCUGGAAAUGGAAGAACAAAAGGAAAUCAACCAAUUGAAGGCUGAUCUCACCGAAGAGCGAUCCACUGUUGCAAAGUGCAACAAAGAACUCCAAAAGCUCCGUUCCACAGUAGAAGACCUGGAAGAGAAGGUAGCCUUGACAGCCUCGCAGUAUAUCGAGGAAGUCAUAACCUACAAAGCCGAGAUUCAGUCUAUGAAGGCCGAGUCGGAGAGUCUACAAAAAAAGUGCGACGAGGCCGUGGCUGCUGCUGAAACUGCAGCCCAACAGGCCAAGGCAGCACAAGAUUUGGAGCACCGUCGAGCCUUGUCAUCGCAGCAUUAUGGCAAAAAAGCGACGCAACAGCUGGUGCACGAACUUGGAGACCUCCGCAAGGACCUGCAGAAAAGCCGAGCUGAAAAGACUGCAAUGGAAGCUCGAUGCAAGGAGCUCAAAGACAAGUUCCUCUCUCAGGAGCUCGAGCACUCCACCGUCGUCACAGAGUUUGAGCAACGAAUCGCCAACUUGCGGGAACGUUUUGGAGAUGACGAUUCGCAAAAGUCUCGGCACGAGCUGGAGGUGGAAAUUAAGGAACUCACCGAGAAGACGAUUGUUCAGGAGCGAAUCAAUGGCUCGCUGGAAGAGCAAAUCAAGGUUCUGCAACAGGGGAGAGAGCGGUUCUUUGAAGCCAAGAGAAAAUCCAUCAUGCACGACCAGGGCGAGCAGCUAACGAUUCGAAAAGAAAACACUCGUCUUCGUGAAAGAGUGAGAAACGUGACAAAAGAACGGCAGGCACUGCAAGCCCAAAUGGAGGCAUUUGCAAAGUCUCUCGGGACUUCCAUGACGCAUCUUCGAUGAAAGUGGCCUCGUUGCUUGGCUGAGAAGAUGACCUUGUAAAUCCAAUAAUGCAAGCCAUUCCGGAAACUUGAAGCCGUCAAUCGUUGUCUACGGGGAUGUACAGGAGACAACUUUAUUUGUAAUGGUAGCUGUUUAUACAGAUGGAUGACCUGCAGGGAGGAGAAAGAGCUCAACUAUAGAUAGGCAAGAAAGAUUUUGUCGGUGUUGUACUAGCAUUUAGAUAGGAGUAAAGGGACUAGUAGAACAGUAUCAUUAGGUAG